CUCCAGUGCUUUGGUAUCCAGCUGGGAUUUGGAUUUGCUGCUGGCUGUGGGUCAAGAGCGUGGAGUGAGGAGGCAGGACCAUGUGGCUGUCCUCUGCUCUGCUGCUUCUCAGUUUCCCAGGCUGUCUCUCCAUCCAAGGCCCAGCGUUGGUGAGAGGCCCAGAGAAGGGGUCGGUGACUGUGCUGUGUCGCUAUAGCUCGAGAUGGCGGGGCAACAACAAAUGGUGGUGUCGCGGAGCAAACUGGAACACUUGCAGGGUCCUCAUCCAAACCAAGGGGUCGGAGAAAGAAAGGAAGAGCGGCCGCUUGUCCAUCAGGGACAACUGGAGAGACAACUCGCUCCUGGUUACCAUGGAGAUGCUCAAGCAAAACGACACCGACACUUACUGGUGUGGUAUUGAACGAUUUGGAACUGACCGCGGGACCAGAGUUAAAGUGACCGUUUACUCAGUGGGAAAAGAUACCAUGUCUUCUUCUAAGCUACUUUCUGCUAUGCCCACUGUGGACAGCAAUGCAUACAUGAUGUCUUCUGACUUGCACAAGAGGACCCACUACAUACUCCUGGUGUUUGUGAAGGUGCCUGUCUUGCUCGUCUUGGCUGGUGUUGUCCUCUGGCUGAGGGGGUCAACUCAGAAGGUCCCUGAGGAACACUGGAGAGACACUCUCUGUAGCAGUUUGGACUCUGAACCUCUGGCCAAAGACAUUGACCCUUAGACUGAUGUUUAAGCAGAUCCUUCCCAUUCUGGAUUCUCAUUCCAGAGACCACGGCCAUGGAAGAAAUGUCUUUAAGUCAUCAGUGGGUAUUGACUGAGGCUGGUGCCCGGAGGGCUUGGCCAGGCAUGAUUUCCACUCUGCACACCAUGGGGCCACCGCUCAGGACCUGCCUUCCCCUGAGGUAUCAUCACACCUGCAGUACCAGUCUCUCGCUCCUCCUUUAUAUCCUCAUCUGCCCUGUCCCAUCUACCCACCACGGUCAGCCCGGGGUAAGAACUGCUGGAAUGGAGCCCAUGCUGCAGAAAAACAGCUGUGUGUCCCCUGAUGAAAAAACUUGUACAGAGCCUGACACAAAAGCACAGAGAAGCAAAAGAGACCCAGUGGUGUGGCUAGAACAUCUGUGCUAUGACUCUGUCAUAGAAAGGUCAGUGAGAGUGCAGCAGGCGCCCAUCCUCUGUCCUGCACACUGAGCCCACCCCGAGCAUGCACUUCUGAGGAAAAGUGAGGCGUGCAGCCUGCCUGGCUGGCCCAGAGUCUGGAGUG